AUGGAAAAUUGCUCACUACCGAGUUACCACGGUUACCAAUGGCAACUGUAUUCACCAUGGCUUCGUCACUAUGAAGACAGCAGAAGUUGUCAUCAACGACAAUACCAACGCGGGGGCGGUGGUGGUGGCGGUGUUUGUAAAAAAAAGCGCCCUCGUACGGCGUUCAGCAAAGCCCAAAUAUCGAAGCUGGAAGAAGAGUUUACAGUGCACAAAUAUUUGACGGUUGCUAAGAGACAAGAACUCUCGGAAUAUCUGAAGCUGACUGAAAACCAGAUUAAAAUCUGGUUUCAAAAUCGUCGAACAAAAUGGAAAAGAGACUUCACCAACGAUCUUGACAUCGCUAUUUUUCAACACCAGAUGGCGCUCUCCAUGUCCAACGGCUGGUCUUCCUCUCGAGGAUUUAGCACCCGCCAUAUUUAUGGCCAAUCAGUGUUCGACUUCCAGUCACCGAGAGAUCGUCCGACAUACAGCAUUACAAGCAAUGAUAUUAUCGCCAGUACACAUGGAAGCGAAGAAGCUAAUGCCUUAACUUCUACUACCGCUAAACAGAAUGAUCGGGCUAUUAAACUACCGGUUGUUUCAAGUCUCGUAGCCGGGAUAAACUAG